AUGCCGUCUGGAGAGUCGGAGGUAGCGCCACUGGGGGCGUUCAGAGGCGGAGUAGCAGCAGUCCAAUACAGUGGCGUAGAAUCGCGUCCUGAUGCUGUUGAGGGUAUGGAACAGUCCAAAGGGGAAACUCUCAGGAGGCUGCCGACACGCACAGCAGGCGGCAAGACACUAACGGUUAAGGCAGCCCCCAAGCGAAGCUCCUCUUCGCAGAGUUUUAUCCACUCCGUACAGAAGGCGGCUGCUCCGCCUUAUGCUUCGUCCUAUGCUACGCAAGAGGCGCGAGACAGGAGAGGCCUGCAGCAUGCAGCAGCGGCCCCUGAACAACACCAGAAGUCUGAAAAACCGCAAGCUCAACCGCAAGCUGGCUCUUUAUUCUCUCCUUCUGUUCCUCCCAAUCUGGCUUCCGGUGGAGCAGCCUCUACACCUCAUUCCAAAGUAGCAGCCUUGGACGCUCAUGACUACAUUCCUGCUCCAACAAGCUUUCAGGCUGAGAUGACAGAAUUUGGAAGUAAGCAGCCUAAGAGCGUCCCCAUCCCGGCAGCUCGGAAGACAGCUCCCCCUAUGGCAAAAGCGGAAGCAUUCCCAAGCACUUGUGCUCCUACAUUGCAAGGCCCUUCAUGCGCUCCAUCUGUCUUAAGAUCUGAGCGUUUAAGCGCUCCAGCGCCACAUUCGUCAAUCGAUCCUUCCUUUAGUUCCCCAUCAGCAACGCCGGCUGAAGCAGGAAAACAGGGUCAAUUCCCAGUGCAUGAUCCAGUGCUACCCACUGCAAAGGAUAUCACGGAAGCAAUUCGACUUCAAGCCAUGUGGCGCGGCCACGAAGUGAGAACCUGGGUUCAGGCAGCAUCUAUUGUACGCUCUAUGAAGUGGGACUUCACCGCUGGAACUACCAAAACUACCAACAGGGCCAACGCAAAGCCUUCUCAUUCAGGUGGCUUGAAUAGUGUCCCUUCAGGGUUGAGCCAAUCAAAUGCCAAACAGGGUGGAGCUCCCGUCGACUCUCGUACAGUAUCUCAACUGCCUGGGAGCGUUUCUCGUCGCCAGAUAGGAACACUUCCAACAACUGCAGAGGAACGUCUCUUAGGGAAACCAAACCAUAAAAGAAUCGGCGUUCAGGAAGCAAAACCUUCCAAUGAAGUGCCUCUGCCGGCUUUGGAGUCGUUGACUAUCGGACACAUCAAGAAGCAACCAGCAGGGCAGGGGCAGCCAGGUGCUACUCGUGCCACCGAUGAAAGCCGCCACCAAGCAAGUGCUAAAAGCGAGCAGGCAAUGGCCGCUGCUCCAUCUGAGGAAGGACCAAGAGGAAAGCAGCGUGUCGGGGAGCAACCGAUGACUGAAUCUCCCCAGCUUGGCGUACCACUAACUACGACGAAGGGUUCAUGCGGCGCCUUCACCGGAACUCCUGAGGCCGAGCAACACCCGUUGCCCCAUGGUACAGGGGAGCUGUACUCAUCUUCCCAUGCUCGCCAAAGCGCGCUUGCACAGGCUGAGUACAACGGAGAUGGUAAGCAAUCUUCAACUGAAACAGCUGCAGCUGACAACGGGGGUUUGUUUCAACACGACACCGCAAGAGGCAAUCUGGAGGGGGAAAACAAGGAGGGCGACUCACCACAAGCUCCCAGAUUGUCGCAAGGCUUAGCACAAGGGCGAUCGCACCAUGUAGAAGAUACCGGAGGUUCCAAUGCUGCAAGUGAACAGGAAGCUUCCUAUGAUAUAACAGCGUCAAGGGAGCUACCCACCAGAACCCCGAAGACCGCCAUCGUUAGCUUGGCUGAGCCUUGCGUUCAGCAUCCUGAACCAUUGGAUUCAUCGUCUCCCAAGAGAAAUAAGAGACAUGUUGCUCGUUCCGUAGCUCCAUUUUUACCCUUCGUAGGGCGACCGACGAAGGCAGCGCAACACACGCAGGAUCGAGAAUCAGAGCAUGCGGAAACGAACGCAGAUAGUAAUCAGCAGAGCAUCGAACCCAAAUCUAAUGGGGCAGUCUCCGUUUUGGGAAGGCGCGUCUCCUUGGCGUUGCGCAAUGCUUAUUCCAUCUAUCUAAUGGGGCAGUCUCCGUUUUGGGAAGGCGCGUCUCCUUGGCGUUGCGCAAUGCUUAUUCCAUCUUUGGUACUGUGGCACCAGCAGGAAGACAACAGACUGUUCAACGGCAAGGGGGAGAUGGUGUAUCGCAUGCUGCGGUGGGAUGGUUGA